CAAACCUUCCUCUCAACUCUUCACACCUCUUCAUACACUCACUUCUCUUCACUCUCCGCCACCGAUUCAUCCCAAGCUCCAAUGGCUGUUACUUUCUCAGAUCUACACACCGAAGAGGGUCUCAAAUCCCUCAACGAUUUCCUCUCCGGAAAAACCUAUAUCUCCGGGGAUCAAUUGACAAAGGAUGAUAUCAAAGUGUAUGGAGCUGUUUCUGAGAAGCCAAGUGGGUCUUUUUCCAAUGCUGCUACUUGGUAUGAUGCUGUUUCUUCAAGCCUUGCUGCUAGUUUCCCUGGAAAAGCUCAAGGUGUGAAGUUUACAGCAAGUGGUGCUGCUCCAGCUGCUGAAGCACCUGCCAAAGCAGAUGCACCCGCCGCAGAAGAUGAUGAUGAUCUUGACCUCUUUGGUGAUGAAACAGAGGAUGAGAAGAAGGCAGCAGAGGAAAGGGAGGCUGCUAAAAAGCCUGCCAAGAAGAAAGAAAGUGGCAAGUCUUCCAUUCUGCUUGAUGUUAAGCCUUGGGAUGACGAGACCGACAUGAAGAAGCUGGAAGAGGCUGUUCGCAGUGUUGAGAUUCCCGGAUUAACCUGGGGAGCAUCCAAGCUUGUUGCUGUCGGAUACGGGAUCAAGAAGCUACAGAUCAUGAUGACAAUUAUCGAUGACCUUGUCUCCGUGGACGACCUCAUUGAAGAGAGACUCACAGUUGAGCCAAUUAAUGAGUAUGUCCAGAGUUGUGACAUUGUCGCAUUCAACAAAAUCUAAGUUUUGAGUUUGGCCAUUUUCAAGCGGCUGGUCGGAAUGUUCUUCCCCCUCCCCUCUACUCUGUUCCUCUUUAACAUUUUCAUUUUGUGUGUUUCAGUGGUGGUUUUGUUAGAAGUAUUUAUGGAGUAUAAGAGUUAGAUUCAUGUUAUGGUGUAACUUAAAUGUUAUUCAUUUCAAAUACCAUGCACAUUUACAUUUUGUGGGAUUA